AUGCUCCCAGUCCCAGAUUCAUGCACAAGCAAUCCCCCAGACCCCCUACAAAUCAACGCAGCAGACCCACUCGCCACCGCCAUCGGCCUCGAGCUCAUCGGUGCGCUCACUGUCGGCGGCACGUUCUACGGCUUCAUGGCCGCCGCCGCGGCACUGUGCGUGCGUGCCCUUGUCCAGACGCGCGCGCGCUGGACGCCCAGGCGGUUUGCCGUGCUGCUGGCCUCCGUCUGUGCACUUUGGGCCGUCGGCACCGUCCUCGUAGCGAGUGAGGCGCGCUCCACAAUCGAGAUGGCUGCGUUCUCGAUGAAUUCGGGCCCGCGGCAAGGGCGGGAGGCGCCGCCGACGGAUGCGACUACGGUCGUGGUUACUUCGUCCUAUUAUUUGAUGAACGUGUUGGUGGACGGCAUUAUGGUGCGUGGUGGAUUAUUGGCUGUUCCUGAGCGUUUCAAGAACACGCUUGUAGAUAUGGCGCUUCAAAGUCCUCUGGUCCAACUCCCGGUUUUACCGCACCCUCUUCUCCGUCGCCGUUGUGCUCUACGCGUCGAUGAUUGGCAAGUAAACCUGCAUCCUACAAAAUAUAAACACAUUGCCGUAGCGAAGCUUACAUGCGUUGUGCAUCAUCCAGCCGUCGGCUUUGUUGUCGCCGCUGUCUUCAACGUUACUCACCGGUCGCUUUGGGCCGACUCCGAGGUCGUAGAAUGGAUGCUGACUACCCAGAUCCUGAUCACCCUCACGUUCAACAUCUACACCACCCUGCUCAUGGCAUGCCGCCUCCUACUCUACCGCCGCCGCUUCAAACACAACUGGGGUAUGUCCCACAUCCCCUCCACCCCUACCCACCGUCCUUCCCCAUCGUCACGAAAUCUCAAAACCAAUCUAACCUCUCACCACCAUGCCGUACUAACUCUAUACCACACACACGCACACACAGGCUCCCCCCACAAAUCGCACUACACCUCCAUGGGCAGCAUGCUCGUCGAGUCCUGCACCGCCGUCACGAUCUUCACGCUCCUCUUCCUCGCCACGUACCUCGUGCACAGCCCCGCUGCCGCAGGUGCAGAUCACCGCGCCGCUGCUCGUCAUGAUACGCGUCUCCCGCGGCAUCGCGUGGGAGCCCACCACCCCGCGGGCAGUCGAGAGCGCAAUCGAUAGAGCGCUGGCUGCGUGUGCGCUUCUCGAGCCUGAGCCGACGUAGAGUGCUGUGCUGGGCGGGCGAGGCGAGGCUGGGGGUAUUUUCCUUUUUUUUCUGUGUACGAGUGCUGAGUUUAUCUCGAGGGAAUGCACUGCAGACUGUACUGUCCGAUAUAACAACCCACCGCAAAACAGGACCCGCCCGGACCGGAACGUCCACAGUCCCGAUAUUCGAUCAAAUCCUUCAAUGGAUAGCAGAAACACACCCUUCCCCAAAAUACCGAACAAGCACCCUCCUCGCCCUCCGCCCAUGAAACAACCACACCAUCCACCCUGGCCAGAUGAAGCUCCGCAAGCGCACUAGGAAAGCACCCACCCACAGGCCGACGUCCACCGCCAGGCGACUGCCGCUGCACAUCAAGAUUGAUGCGCACCAGGCGCGGAAAUGCCUGCGCAAAUACAAUCACAAUCUUUGCC